AUGCCAAUCUCCAAGGAUCGGUUUAAAGCUUGUAUGCUCCUAAGUGCUGUGGGAGAUGCCUUGGGCUACAAAAAUGGCGAUUGGGAAUUUUGUCAUUCAGGGGAAGCUAUCCACGAUGAGUUGCUUGAGCUUGGAGGAAUUCAGAAAAUUGACAUAAAAGGAUGGAUGGUGAGCGAUGACACUGUGUUACACCUGGCAACAGCGGAAGCUUUGGUGUCAACUUGGGCAACUCGUGAUGAACUUUUUACUCAAAUUGCCUCUUUGUACAAAAAAAGUAUGGUAAGCAAAUGAAUGAUUUAUCAUUCUAAUAGAAUGAUACCUUCACUAAUCCCUGCCAGAAAAAUCCUUCAGAGUAUUAUCUUUCUGAAUGGUCUAUACCUGCCAAGUGUCACGCCUAAGGCGUGAUUGUCACGCCUGCGGAUCGAAAACUUGGAUCUCACGUCUACUUACGCCUGUGUUACAAUUUGUCGCGCCUGGUGGAAAAGUUUGAGCCAUUACAGCAUUAACUGACACAUUUUGAAAUACAAAAAUGUAUUAGUUAUUUAAAGAAACCAGAACCAAAGAGAGAAAAGAAAAGUCUAUGUGGAUGAUCAACUUUCUGCGGAUUCUUUUUUUUUAGUAGGGAAGUCAAUUUUCCUUUGUGUUCCCGUGUUCAUGUUAGACGGAACUCUUUGUAACGUCUUCGGAAGUCUUUGGGACGUCUUUGGACAACUUCGGAUAUUAUCGGACCCUACGAAAAAUCUUGGCACUCUUAAGAUAAAAAUGUCACACCUAUAAAUGUAAAAAAGUUGGCAGGUAUAGAAUGGUAGUAUCAAAAGUGAAGACCCUGAAAACGAAGACCUACAAAAUGAAGACCCCCUUCAAAUACAAAGACCCACUCGAAACAUAGACCCACUCGAAAAUGAAGACCCCCUCGAAAACAAAGACCCACUUGAAAACGAAGACCCCCUUGUAAAUGAAGACCCACUCAACCAGACAAUCAACCAGGAUCAAAUCAAAUCAAACACCAUUAAAUCACAUAAGACCACAAAAUAGUUAAUAGGUAAGUGAACUUAAUUAUCCAGCUAACAGUUAAUGAUCACAGGGUGCAAAGAAAAUCAUUUUUACAGCUUGCCAUUCGGGCAAGCUGAAGCUAGCAUUCACUAUCCCAGACGUCAUUUCAACUAGCCUCAAAAACCUUUUUGUUCUUCUGUUAUUCAAAUUCCUCAUAAAACAUCACUUGCCCGUCGGGCAAGUUAAAAACAGAAUUCACUAGCCCGAUAGCAAAAUCCACUAGCCCCGGGCUAUCGGACAGUACUUUCUUUGCACGCUGGAUCAUACCCUGGAUGCAAAAUUCCGAAUUUUAUGAAGCAUUUUCCGACAUCAGCUGUUGGAAAUUAGCAUAUUGUUUCUGCCACACGCUCGUCCUCCCACAGAUAGGCCGAAGAUGAUCAGCCUGCAGUUAUAUAUGUUGCGUGACUGGGGGGCAAAUGACCUGAAAAAGGGCAUUUUAUGUAUUUUGUCAACCUACUCUACUAGUUUAUCAAAGCAUCUCUACAGCCGUCCGGAAAUAAGAAAUUACUUCAAAAAGUAUUCGUCCGAAAAGUUUUGGUCUGUAUUUUAUUUGCUUAGGAGUAGUAGGAUUAUAUAUAGGUGUAUAUACAGUCCAGAGCUUUUCACUUUUGGAGAUGUUUUGAUCCGCGACCCAAGACAAGCAAUUACCCAGUCACAGAGCAAAUUUGAGUCACAUGACACGGUGCUUGUUUUUUUCAUGAGAGAUAUUCCAAAGUAAAGAUGAUUCAUUGAUCGAAAUAAGAUGCAAAAUUGACAUGUCUACAUCAAAAGAAAAAGCUUGCCUUCUCUAACACUUCAAAUCCAUGGUGCGUCAUCUCUUGCUCAAGUCUUCUAACAUUUCAUCUUCAUUGUUGUAUUACUAAAAACUGAGCAAAGACUGCCGGAUUAACGCAAAACUCUAACCCAUCAAGCUAUUGUUUCACACGUUUCCAAAAGUGGGAGAGCUUUGGACUGGUAUAUGGUUUAUCCCAUCCCCAAAUCGGGUCACUGCGAAAACUGUUGUGUAACACUGAUAGCAAUACAAUGUUUGUCAAGAGUGGGGGUGGGAUCCCAAAGCUACCGCAGCAAAAUCAGAGAGCCAGACCCUCAGCUAUCCCAGAGCCAUCAGGCUUCCUGGUCUGUGGGAUGAGACUCUUAGGAUGUUGAAUUUUUUCCUGCAGAAAUCCUGCCAUGGACAAGUUUUGUCCAUGUAGGUAAUCUUGCUUUACAUGUAAGUGAACUUCAAAUAACGAAUAACAUGAAUAAUAGAGCUUCUCAUUGUUUUCUUCUACAAAACAGUGUUUUUAAUUCAAUCAAGUCCGCAGUUUUCUUGCAAAUUAAAUUUCUGAAAUUAAAGCGACCAGGCAAUAAAAACCUUAUAUUAUUCUAGUGCCUUCAGAGUCUCCACUAAACACCUACUGGUCAAGAAGCCUCAGGACUCUGUGUAUGACUCUGUGAGCCUCUCUACGGGUACCUGCAGAUGUCCAUUUUGUUGGGCGUCUUCCCUCAAAUAAUCAGUUUUUUGGGCAAAAUUGUCGUAUAUCAAGAUUUUUUUUGCGUGGUAAUGCCACUAGUGAGCUCAGGCAAUCACAACGAUGACGGAAAUGAAAAACUAAGCUGAGAAAAACUCUGAAUUCGCAGCAGGCUUUUUGGCUGGUUUCUUUGCCUUUAUUGCAUGUCAAACUUGAUUGAAAUGGCAAUGCGAUCCUUGUUUUAAUCUGUAAGAUUGUCGCUUCAUCAAUGAUGAUUGCUGUGACUUUGAUUUUGUCGGAAAUACCCAUACAGAGGCUCACUCUGUCUCUGAUCGUGUUUUAAAAAUUAUUGAAAUUGCAUGCCUCUAACCUGUGUAUGACUGAAAUGAUCUAGUUCCCGUUUCUUGACAAAAAGUACUCUCUUAUCAACAAGUGAUUUUAGCUGCAAGGUGGACUGAAGAAAAUUUUGGAAAAUACCUUUCUUACAAUGUCUUUUCAGAGAGACAUGGUUGGACGAGCACCAGGAAAUACAACAUUAUCAAAUUGUGCAAGACUUCGACCAGGUCAGCCAGAUGGUUAUGUGGUGCCAUUUAAUCCCCGAGGGGGUGGCUGUGGGGCUGCCAUGCGCUCCAUGUGUAUUGGUUUAUUGUAUCCCUCCCCUGAGAAACUUGAUGAUUUGAUUGCCGUUAGUGUUGAGAGUGGAAGAAUGACCCACAACCACCCAACAGGUACUUUUGUCACUUUUAUGCCUUUUAACUUAUUUCCCCUUGCCCUAUAAAUGUCAAUCCUAGAGAUCAAAAUCCAAAAAUUCUUAAAAACUUCUGGUCACUACCAAAUUUGACACACAGGAAGUGAAAUGUUUGGGCCCAUUACCUGGAUUGUUUCAGCCCCCAACCAUAGAUACAGGCAUCACAAUUUGUUUUUGAAUAUCAUGGGGAGAUGGUAGUAUUCAGUAUAGACAAAAUGUCCUGAUUUUUAAACAGAUUCCUCACUUCGAACAGAAAAAGUGUGAGAAGAAUAGUGCAAAGAAUUGUUUGUUGAAGCUUCAGUAAGAGUGAAAUAAAACUUGAGGACCUUAACAGGGAUGAGGAGAAACCUAAACCUACGGCUAGUGGCAAUAGACAAUAUUCAUCACACCUGACAACAAUGAGGUUUUUAUGUUUCAAAACUGCUUCACUAGUCAGCAAUGUCAGUCAGGUUUUGUUGGAUUUAAGUGUUGUUUGCUGGACUAAUUAAUUUCUGCAAGAGUGCUUCCUCCUCAGCAGUUAAGCUGAAAUGAAUUAAGGAGCACUGAACAUCAUGAAAAAGUACAAAAUAAUAAUGUUUUACUGUACAUGAUUAAGUGAAUCAAGAAAAUGUUUGCUGGGUGAUUGGUAGUUUUUGAAAAGAAAGCUUCAAAAAUUAUUCCUUUUACAUCUUGACAUGAAUGAAUGCCUCAUUUUUAAUGGGAUUAUUAAUGAAUGUGUACUGUUGGUAAGGCCCAGUCAACUCUCUCAGUAGAUACCUCUAUAGGAUGGACACCUCCCUAAAACCGACACAUAGACUUGGUCCCUGCCGUUCUUUACUCCUCUUAGUCAACUCUCUAUAACACAGACACAAAAUGUAAGUCCUAGAGGUGUCCAUUAGAGAGGGUUGAGUGUACUUAGUCUGUGCGCCUUUACCCGCAUUGGCAUUUAAUGUAUGGAAGUCAUUAUAGUGAAGGUAAUGAUAUUAUAAUAAUUAUAAACAUUACCAUUAUCAAUUAUUGUUAAUGACAGGUUACCUUGGAUCCCUUGCCUCAUCUCUGCUCACUGCAUUUGCUGUUCAAGGAAGACCCAUCAGGGAGUGGGGUGCAGGUCUCUUGUCCACUCUCCCAAAAGCCUUGGGGUACAUCAAAGAGGCUGGACGGGAUGUCAAGGAGAAUGAAGAGCACUGGUCUUAUUUCACUGAUUCAUGGACUGCUUAUCUGACAACAAGGGGAAUCCUCCAUGGUGACAGUGAUCCUGUUUUCCCUCAGCCUUACUCUGUCAGAGAACGUGAUGUGUUUUACAAAUCCGUGAGCUAUCGCCAGGGUUGGGCUGGGGCUAGUGGUCAUGAUGCCCCUAUGAUUGCUUAUGAUGCACUUCUAGGAGCUGGAGCAUCCUGGGAAGAUCUUUGUAGCCGAGCCAUGUUCCAUGGUGGUGAUAGUGAUAGCACAGGUGUAAUAGCAGCAGCUUGGUGGGGAGUGUUGUAUGGUAUUGAUGGGGUUCCGAAACCUAACUAUAAAAAGUUAGAAUACAGAGAUAGGAUUGAAAAGGUGGCAGAGGAACUUUUUGUAAAGGCUAAAAGGCUGACUUAGAACUGGUGGUAGAUUCACACAGGUUUUUUAAAAUGGCAAUGGUAAACUAUUGCUGCAGUAAAUUACACAUUGCAGCACAAAAAACAUCUACCAUGAAACUUUUGAUAAUUCAUGAGUUGGUCAUGUCGGUAAUUGAUAGCAUUACCUGUGUAGCAUGAAUUAGAUCAGUAGAGGUGCGAUGCUCAUGACAAUGAUGAUGAUAGCGAUGAUUAUUACACAGUGAUUUUAAUCAUGAAGGUGUUGGCCAUUAUUGUAAUGAUGAUGAUGGUGUUCCUGAUUACCUUAGGGGCCGAAUCUAAAAUGAAAGAGACAAAGUGCUCAUCAAAAAAUUAGAAAUAUUAAAGCUUAAAGCAGACCAAUCUGGGAGUGGACCCCUAAGUAAGACCAAAAUCUAAGGUAACACUGUAUAAAGAUAUGAAGGCAUUUGUUGUUAUUGUAUAGACAUUUCUUUACAUGCAACCUUAAACUAGAGAGGAUGACUCUUCCGUUCUUUCCCUAGGUGAUACCAGGGGUGUCUUGAAAACAAAGACCCCUAAGACCCCUACGAUUAGCGUUAGGAAACUGAGUGAAUCAACUUUCAGGCCAGUUUGCCCAGUAUAAUGACCUAAAUGGAACCUGAUUCACUCAGUUUCCUUUCCCUAAUCAAUUAAGUUCAGAGUCAUUUGGUAUGGGGUGGAAGGGGUCUUGGGGGUCUUUGUUGGCAAGACACCCAUGAUAGUCGUACCUUUAUGAGUAAAAAUAUUUGCUUUUAAUCCUGAAUGCCUUAAGUGACAGCAAAAUCCCCAAUUUCUACCCAGAAGUGAGACAUUCAUGACACUUUAAUGUGAGACUGCUCCCCGUUGAUGAUAGUUAUGAUGAUGAUGAUGAUCAGGGUUGUCACUAAAAUUUCAAGUUGCCGGGUAAAUACAACAAGUAGGCGGGGAAUCAAACGGCUAGGGAUUUCUUUUGGUUCUAUUUUUCUUCUAUUUUCCAAUAAAAGUAGUCGGGGGCCACUCUCUUAGUAGCCGGGGAAAAUCCCCGGCCCCCGGCUCUUAAUGACAACCCUGAUGAUGAUGAUGAUAACAUUUGAAUUUCUCCAAAGGUACAAUUUCUUCGUAGGACGGGACACACGUCUUACUUCAUAAACGAUCUGUUUUAGUCUUCAGUUUUAGUUCAUUGAGAACUUUCCGAAUGUUGUGGGGCUUAAAACUAGAAGGAACUGUCUUACUUAGGAUAAAACCUUUCCGAAUGUUGUGAGGCUUAAAACUAGAAGGAACUGUCUUACUUAGGAUAGAACCUCCUAAAAGAAUGUGUUUCGUUUUUCUUCAAGAAGCACAGGCCUAUUUAAAUUAGGAACCCGCGAUAUUAAAGGAUGAGUUUUCAUGGUACUGUUAUAGGUUUGG